UGUAGAAUAAAGAUACACUUUCUCCUCUUGGUAGUACUUCUGGGGAUCCUUGUCGAGUUCAGCGUCCAGUGGUCUGGGAACCUUUGUUCUCGGACAGUCUGCAGGUACAGACAAGUGACACGCUGUGCAUAUCGGACGUGGAUGGGAUGCUGCUACUACAAGUGGUACCGGGUGCCGGAUUAUCGGACUACCUAUUUCUGCUGUCCUGGCUGGUCAACCUCAUCCUACCAGAACUGUAACCGACCAAUCUGCAACCCUCCCUGUCAGAAUGGUGGUAUCUGUGUGCAACCCAACACCUGUCAGUGUAAUGAUGGAGCUAUAGGAUUAAGGUGUAACACGUUUGUAUGUAACUACCAGAGGCCUUGUUUCCCCGGGAUCUGUACACCAGGCAUCAGUGUCAACUGUGACUGUUCAUCAGGGUUCACGUCUCCUUCAACUAGUCCGAGUGACUAUUGUAGAAAAUUGGAAUCAACCCAGAAGCCAGAGAUUUACGAGAUCGGCGCCAGACUGUCGUUCUGGCAUCGGGGCACCGGGAUGCCAACCAUGGAGAAGUAUUCCCUGUACGCGGACUCCACCAUGUCCACUGAUGCUGACUCCCUCUGGACAAACAGGGAAAGAUUCAACUGGGUGAACGUCACUGCGUCUGCCCAUUACAUGACGGAUAAUUACACUCAGCCCUUCUUCAUCAAGAGAUAUGGCAUUGGAAUUGCUAAGGCAGAAGUUGACAUUCACCAUGAGAAGCUACUGUUGACGGGGUCAACCCCGAUUGUCAGUCUUGACACAACGCUGCCCUGCACACCGACUGUGUCUUACCUCAACCCCACCUCCGACACCUACUACUGUGACAUAACCAAACGGGACUACGACAUAUUUCUGGAAAAUGAAGAUACACUUAUUCUAACAUUCAAGGCCUGGAACGGGGGUUACCGGGAACUCCAGGAAUUAACUUCUUCUGGCCUGAGAAACAGAGGGAACCAGACGUACACGGGACAUAUGGUAAACCAGUCUAUGCAGUUCCGUUUUGACUUCAAGAAACCAACCCACAGCUGCCUGGGUCAAGGGUCUUCCUGUUCAGGUGAACCGUUUUCAAUGACGCAAGAUGUGACAAAGUAUCCAAUCAAUCUCCGCUGGUCCAACUGGAAUGAUGUUCUUUCUGGCAUGUACCGCUAUGCCUGGGAGGUAUUUAAACUACAGGUGGAUGGGAACCAGGUUCUGAAGGAGUAUGAACCCUUGAAUCCCAUAUAUGGACCUGUUGAAGUCAAUCAGUCGUCAUCUGCCUCCAACUCCUUCCAAGCCAUCUACACACCAACUGCUCCUGGAGUGUACUCCUUCAUCCUGGAGGCCUCGGACAAGGCAAAUAACUCUGUCUUUGUCAGGAGAAUCGCCAUAUACGACCCCGUGUCCAGUGUUACUAUAGAUACAGGGGCAGAAAACCGUCUAUACAUAUCUUCGGCGGAUCCUAAUGGCGGGUACAACUGGCAAGAUGAUCCAUCUAGAGAAAUCAAGGUCACGUGGACCAACCACUUUGUCAACCUGAUGCACGAGCAGGGCAAGUGGUUGAACCAAGUCCUCGCCUACCCCCCACAGCUUGAGAACUUCUUGAAGAACAUCCCCAGAGAGUCCGGACAGGAUGACCACGAAGGAAACAGGACAGUAGACGCAAUACAAAACAAGAGAGGUGUUGUCAAGUUUGAGAUAGCUUAUGCGAAGGACAGCAACGCCGGUGUGAAUCAGGUGGAACCAGCCACAGGCUGGACUGAUGUUGGACUCAGUGAAACAUAUACCAUACCUCCAGGUUCACACCUAUAUCUACUGACGAAGAGCGACACGGUGACAGUUUGGGUGAGAGCUACAGACGUCCUAGGCAACACCUUGGUAGAUUCGACCAGGGUACAUUUUGAUGAUACACCGCCUGAAGUCGAGCAGCCUGUGUUCAGGAUGAACGUCCAGUCGAACAAUAUUUCAUUCAGUUCAACUGUUGAAGUAAACGUUCGGGACAUGCAGAGCGGUAUGAAACGUGUGGACCUCUUCAUCUGGAAAACUGACAGCAACGUGGCGAUUGUUAAUGAAACGUUGCCUCUGACGACCGUAGAUUACUGUGCGGGUUUUUCAACGUGUUACUGUACCACCGUCAAUCCAGUCUGCUUCAACAAGAAGCAGCUCCUGCCCAUUAGAAACUGCUGGUUGACGCACCCAAUGCUGGAAGGAAAGACGGUGACAAUGGAAAUGAACUUCGUGAACAUGGCCGGACUUCAUACAACAAAGAGUUUCACUGUGGACAGUCCAGAGGCACUGACUGGAACACAGGGAUCGCUAGCACCUGUAAACGUGACUGUCAUCAGCAAGGACACCAACCAAGUGACCCUGGCGUGGAAACACGCCCUCACCUGCUACCGCCGGACAGAGAUGUGGAUCAGCUAUGAGUCAAAUGGACGGACGGAAAUAAGACUACUGCACAGGACAGCGACCACCCACACUCUGGUCGGCCUCCAGCCGGACACAGAAUACAGCAUUGUAGUCAUAUCCCAGUAUGUGGAUUAUAAGAGCAGGGCUGUCCCAUUGACCGUCAAAACAGUUUCUGAUGGACUUUCUUCUGGAGCUGUUGCUGGCGUUGUUGUAGGAACGUUGUUGCUGCUAGCUUUGAUACUGGUUGUUGUGGGCCUGAUUCUGUUCCACCUUGGGCUAUUGGCUGGAAUCUUCGGGCGUCGGAACAAUUACAGAGAACAACCCCAUGUUGUGACCUCAGGGCAAACGGCGGGCUUCAAUCGGAACAACCGUAGAAGUAGAUGGGCAUUUGACAUUACAACAUACACAAAGGACGACGGCAUCUACAUCAACGGCAGCAUGGACCUAGGGGAACCGUGGUACGUCCCUCCAGAGGACAUAACCCUGUCAGAGGUCAUCACAGCUGGCAAGUUUGCCACGAUCUACAAGGCCAAAUGGAUGGAAACGCCCAAGAACGUCAAACAAGUUGUGGCUAAGGUUCUGAAAGUGCGGGAGAGUCAGGACGACAUCCUUUUGAUGCUGGCGAAGAUCAACUUUGCUGCAACUAAGCUGGGCAAACACAAGAACCUGUUGGGCUUCCUGGGAGCUGUCAUGGAGAACGAGGCGUUGGGUCCCGUGAUGGUGCUGGAGUACUGUGAGAUUGGCCAGCUGGACAAGUGGCUGACCAAGCAAAGAUUAAACAUCAGCGACGACACCCUCGACAGGAUUCAGAACUUUGCCCUGGAGAUCGCGCGUGCCAUGGAGUACCUGGCGUCCAAAAAGAUCGUUCACCACAAACUGGCUGCAAGGAACUGUUUGCUGACCAACCUACUGGCGAUCAAGGUGUCUGGGUGUGGCCCGAUUAAGGCUGAUGAAUCUGCUGAUGACGUCAAAGAAGACCGCAUCCUCAUUAAAUGGACAGCCCCCGAGUGCCUCACGUCCUUUAAGGAAGCAAGCGAGAAGAGUGACGUGUGGUCCUAUGGCGUGACUGUAUGGGAGAUCUUCAGUUUGGGUGAGAAACCUUACUCUGACAUCAAAGGUCGUGACAUCCCAACGAAGGUCAAGGGCGGGCAUAGAUUGUCAAGGCCAGAGUAUGCCGAGGACUUUCACCAUCGGCUGAUGCAGGAGUGCUGGUUUGAGUCCCCGAGCGAACGUCUCGCCUUCAGCACCAUCGUGGGAAGGCUGGAGUCGUCUUUCAGACUGCAACCUGAUGGCAGCGAUGAACCCCAUUACAACGAAAUAUGAGUUGGCAGGCAAGGUACCUCGUGGUACACACGACACGCGCGCACAUACGCACGCAGAAAAAGAGAGAAGCUAGCGCACAAUUAGAUUGUAUUUUUCUAGUUCCUGUUUGCCAUUCUCAGUAUGGAUGAAAGAUUUAAGUAUCUUCAACUGAUCUUUCCACAAAUACAAUACAUACACACUCAAAUGUUAUAAUGCCAGACCAUUAAAGAAUAGCAUCCUGUCAUGCUUCACAAAGAUUAGACAUGUCAUUCAGUAUUGUGAAGAAAAGUCGCCAUAAUUUGAAAUGAAUAGUCCAACUGGGAGUCCGUUAAGUGCGUACUGUCGUUUCGAAAGAGGUGUUGACUUUGUUUGGUUUCGUACGUUUUGGGGGCGCUUCGUAAGUUUUCUUAUGUUAAUUUUCAUGGAAUUCAGAAUAAAAUUAUAUUAGUGUUUUA